AUGUUUUUCGAUUUUGUCAAAACUUGGAAGGAAGAAAGAAAAAAUACAAUUGGCUUUUUUCAUCCUCAAUGUUGUAAUUUUGGUGGGGGCGAGAAAGUGUUAUGGAGUAUUAUAUAUGAAGUUCUAAACGAUAAUUUGAAAAAUAAAGUAGUCAUAUAUUCGAGUUGCGGACUUAAUAAGGUGGAAAUAGUAAAGAAGGUAGAAGAAAUUUUUAUGAUUCCUUUAAAUUCUCCAGAGUUUAUUGAUAGGAUUACAAUCGCUGAAUUGAAAUUAGGGUUUCUUUUAAAACUUGAUUUUUUGAAGCUUUGGAGUGUUAACAUAGCAGCAGUAAUCGUUUCUUUGGAAGGCUUACUAUUUAGUUGGCCAUUUCCGAAAGUUUUUGUAGAAACUGCAGGAUUCCCUUUCUCAUUGAUAUCAGCAAGAAUUCUCCCGACAACAAAACAUAUUUCAACAUACAUUCAUUAUCCCCAAGUAAGAAAGGAAAUUAUUGAAAAUGAAAAGAGAAAAAAUAUUUUGAGAUACUUUUAUUUAAAACUAUUCUCAUUUGUCUAUAAAUUUAGCAUUGGCCUUGCGAACAAGAUUGUUGUAAACUCAAAUUGGACAUUUGGCAUGCUUAGUGAACUUUGGGGAAGAAAUAGUGUUGAAAUGAGUGUCUGCUAUCCACCAAUCAAUAUGAAUUAUUAUUCAUUAAAUAAACCGGUAGAUCCAAAGUUAAGGAGAAAUAUAAUUGUUUCGCUUUCUCAGUUUAGAGCGGAAAAAAACCAUUUUGUACAGAUAAAAAUAUUCUCUGGUAUACUAAAAAGAAUAAGGGAAAUUAAGGAUAUGGCAGGCAAAGAAGAGAAAGUCAAAUUUGAAAAAAUUUACAAGGAAUUGAAAUUUAAGAUGUGUGGAACUUCACAAGACACAAAUCCUAAAUAUAUUGAAUACUUAAAAUCUCUUAGGCAAAUGGCAAUAGAUGAGAAACUAGAAGAUAAACUGGAGCUAAUAAUUAAUUCAAGUUCCAGUGAGUUGCAAAAUAUUAUGAACACAUCAAGAUUUGCAAUCCAUACUAUGGAAGACGAACAUUUCGGUAUUUGCGUCGCAGAAUUUGUUUGUUCUGGUUUAUUAACGUUCGCACACAAGUCGGGUGGGCCAGAAAAAGACAUUCUGGCGAAAUUCAAAGGAAGUGAAGUUGGGUUCUUGGAAUCAAACGUUCAAGAGUUUGUGGAAGAUCUUACAAAUGCAAUCCUUCACUACGAGGACCCCAAUAUUCAGAAUAUCUUGAACAAUGCCCAUGAAUCUGUACUUGAAAGGUAUCAGGAUAAUAAUUCAUUCGGAAAGACAUGUUGGAAAGCUCUAAAUAUAUAA